AUGCCCAAAUUAAUACCGAACAAAAGGAUCGAAUACGGAGAAAAUGACGGCAAGAUUCAGUACAUAGAUAUAGUGUUCUUCCCGAACAAAAUAAAACAAUCUCAAAAAGAACCCGACGAGGCUGAAUACAUAGCUGUUAGUCGAUCAGGGAAAGUUGUUCGUUACAAGUCAGACAUGCAAUGGAAAACUACACAUCAUACGGUUUCGAAUGUAUCAUCGAUCGCGGUCAACGGUUUAGUGGGGCUGCCCGAGUUCAGCGUCAUUUGCUUGUCGGUCGUGGGCGGCCAACUGUUGUUCUACGACAUGUCGUCGGGCCAAUUCAAGCUGUGCCUUAUCGUCGAGCUAUCCACGUGCUCGACAGCCACUCAUCUAGCUCACGUGCACACGUACUGCGAACGCAAGAAGAUCGGUUCGUCUAAGAUAGCGGUCGGUGACGGAGAAGGCGGCGUGAGCGUGGUCGAGUUCAUAUCGUCCGACAAGUGGAAUCCGUUCAGGGACAAUUUGGGCGACGCGCACGAGACGCCGACGUACGAUUUUAAUCAGCUCGUGGUCGGGACGAGGGCUCAGGAUCAGAUACCGUUCCGUGCGUACAGAUAUCAGGGGCUGCACCCCAAGAAGGUCGAGCAAGUCGUGUUCUACAACAAAGGCAGAUCGUUCGCGACUGUGUCAAUGUCGAAUCGCAAGUCGAUGGCCCAAUGUCUCAUGAUGCCGGAGCAAUGCGAAGCCCGCGGUUCGUCGCCCAUCUUGCCAUUCAUCCGUUACACGCCAAACGCGAUGGGGUUCUCUUGCGUGUGUGCGAUCCGUGACACACACUUGGCCACUGGCAGCAUGGACAAGACUGUGAGGCUGUGGGACGUCACCGACCAAGUGUCGGGCCCCAUGGACUGCAUCACGCUGAUGGGCCAUAGCUGGGGCGUAAAGCGCGUAUCUCACAACACGGUCAACGGACACCUGUACUCCGUGUCCACGGAGUGCGAGAUCAAGGUGUGGGACCUGCACAGGAACACGUGCCUGCUGACGUUUACCGGGCUCACGGUGGCUGCGGAACCGAACAACAAUGAAAAUUGGCCGUUCUCCGUGAUGCACUUCAACUGGUUCGAUCAGACCAUCAUAAGCGUGGUGGGCAUAGAUGCUAAUUCGUUCAUGACUGUCGAGUGUAACAAACCGACGGUGACCGGUCAGGAGGUGUCUCGCCCGCGCGACGAUAAAUCACACGACACGCCAGUCGUUAGGACGCUAUACAACGCACUGUACCAUGUAUUGAUAUCCGUGUCCGCUGACUCAUCCAUCUCCGUGUGGAACUUGCUCACCGGCGUCGUGAUCAUCAAAUGGUCUAUGGCGCACACCGAGGAGGUGUACUGCGAGGUUCUGCCCGUAGAAAUCACCGCCGCCAACUUCGAUCCAUCUGGUGGGCUGCUCGUCACCGGUGCGGCGAACGGUAGCAUUCACAUGUGGGACCCGAACAACGGAAAAUGUCUGACCCGACUGCGGAUCCCGUCCGGCGGCCGGAUAUCCGAAGUCGUCUGGUUGCCCGAUAAGAUACUGGUGACUGGUUUUGAUCGGCGGGUGACCGAGUUCAAUGACCCACUGUUACAGUCCAAAGGAAAAGUGUGGCUGUCCAGCCACGAAGAGGCGGUGUUGAGCGCAUGCGUCAAGCUACCGUCGCUGUUUGUGACCACGUCCCAGGCGGGCGUAAUGGGUUUCUGGCGGCUCGAGACGGGUCAGCUGAUCAAAAAAUACAAGGCCCGUAUGAGACCAGACACCCGGAAGUCUAGGAACUCAUCAUCAGCGAGCAAGAGCCAGAUGGCAUCUUCACUGGGGAGCAAGAGCCAGAUGAGUUCCAUAUCGUACGUUGGCAGCCGAAUAGGGGAAACUGGUGGCCUAGAAACGAGGGAAGAGAAGCUCAAGAGGUUAAAUAUUAAGCACACUCCCCGCGAGCAUUACGCGGCGGUCGCCACACACUUCCUGCGGGCCCGGCCAGAAGACUCAAACGUCGGAACCCUACUCAUGGCCACACGUAAUGGCAUGGUGCAGAUAUGGUGCACGUACAAAGUGCCCAAAUACGUUAGCCAGUUCAUGGCCAUACACAUUGCCGAUGAUUACGUCACUUCGAUGGUGUCUGACCAUAAGAACGAAUACUUGAUCACAAGCUUCGAAAGCGGCUACAUCAAGACGUGGUUGGUGACCAAUUUUGGACAGCCGAGGCACAUGAUCUACAGCGUGGACAUGCCAUCUCUUCGGCUGCGUUUUCCGUACCUAAUGAAAAUGUCCUUCAUUGGUCAAGCCGAACGUGCUGCCUCGAAGAACAUGAAUGGCCCACUAUUGGUCAGUGCGUACAGGGCACACUCGCAGCGUAUCAAUCAUAUCGAAUACAUAGAAAAACUGGAACUAAUAGUCAGUAGCAGUGUGGACAAGAUGAUAUGUGUGUGGACGUUGGCUGGUCAUUACGUAGGAACUUUGGGGAUGGAAUGGCCACACAUAUCAAAAAGCCGCCCGGUAAACGUUUUACAAUUUAAGAUACCUGCAGACAUCCAACGGCAAGCGUCAUUCACUACGAUUCAAGUUUUGAAAGACGGUGUCAAUUCAAGUUUACGGUCACCAGCCAUAUGGGACAAACGAGAACUGAUGAAACAGCAAAGUGACAUACGAGGUAAAAAAGGCAAGAGGAAACUACAUUACGAAAAGUGCCCGGAUCUACCACUUCACGAUAUACACGAAGACUUUUUGAAAACUAAAACGGCGUCAAUCAGGCGUCCAGUAACAAUAAAGGUAGACGAAUUGAAGCCUAGAAUAAAGAUUCAUAAACAUGUUCCAUUGCGCGAACUCGGCACUAUCACAGACAUACCCAAGUUGGAAAAAAUAAAAACAGAACUCACUCCUAAAGAAAAUGUUGUUUUUUUCAAAAAAUAAUUUUACGUGUUUACGUGUUUUUUAUGUGUGAGAGAUAUAAUAGGUAUUAUGUUAAAGUUCAAAUAUUAUAAAUAAAUUAUAUGAUAAAAAAAAAUGUUAUUUAAGAUUAAAAUAGCUCUGUGUAAGGACAGUAUCUACACCAAAAACCUAUGUUAUUUAAU